UUAAAGCCUCCUGUGCUCUUCCCUGUCCAUUCAGCAACUGACCAGGAUGGGGCUGGUCGGAAGUUGGUUAUAGGAUGAAUUAUGACCCUGACCACAGCUCACCUGUGCUGCCACAGGCCGGUGAGUCUGAUAUGCUAGCAGGCUGGCUUUGACCUCAUCCAGACUGCUUCUCAUCUCAAAACUAUGAUAACAAAGUGGACCAAUACCACCUCCCACCCAAAAGGAGAGGGGGAGAGGAGAGGGUGUUUGUGUAGGGAUCAUUGACCUAACUGUCCAAGCUUCUGGUUGGCUGAGAUGGCUCAGUGAGCUAAGGCACUUGCCACCAACCCUGAGUACCAGAGUUCCAUUCACCUGACCAACACGGUAGAAGGAGAGGAUUGAUUCUUCCAAGUUGUCCUCUCCAUAUGAACUACGGUGACUCUCUCCCUCCCCAUCCCCUACAGUGAGAGGGAGAGACAGAGACAGAGAGACAGAGACGGGGCGGGGCAGGGAAGGGGGUUAAAAAUUUAAAAUAAUCCAAGCUCCAGCAGCCUAGACUUUGAGAUCCUUGGGUGCAUCAGGCCAAGACAUGAAAAUUCCUAUGCUCUGAAAUCGAUCUCUGCACCUGCUUCUCAAGGUAUUUCCUCUGCCCUUCCGGCCUUUCGCCUUAGUAGAUCCUUUUUGUCCCAGUCUCCCUAACACCCUCCAAACUUGGUCUGUUCUUUUGCGAGCUUUGUCUCCCAUCCCCAAUCCCCACCCCGCCUCAGAGUGAUCGGUGGAUGGCAAAACACCCUUCACAAUGCCUGGUAACAUUAUGCUGGCCCCCCGCCUCCCAUGUCUUAUCUAUCUAUGGUCUUCUUCAGAGACCCUGCCUGUCUACCCGCUACCCAGGGACCCUGCUGUCUUUCCUAGGCGUGGUCCGCAGUGUGAGCUGCAAACUCUGGUCAAGCCGCAGGUUACACGACAGCGGGGACCCCCCGGGGAGGUGGUCUCAAGACUGGAGGUACACUGGACAGUGUGGUCUGAGGCCCUGACAAGCUUCCUGCUCCCUGUUGGGCCCGUGUCCUCCUUCCUUUCGUUCCUCCGGCACCCCGGAGCUCCUAGUGAUGGACUGAAACACUAGUGCCAGUUCAGCAGCGAAGUGCCAUCAGUGGAGGUCUGCCGCAGCUCCUGAUUGGCCUCCAUACCUUUGACUCCGCCCUCUCCCGCACUGCCCCACCCACAAGUCCCCGUGCUGCUUUCUGGAAGAAGCUGGUGCCUUUGUUGCCUACCCCGUUCAUUCCACCUCUCUUUUCCAGUCUUGCAGCUUUUCAGAGACUUUCAUGCUCCAGGAUUUUUCUAGGCUUAUUAAUACAAAGGUCGCUGUAUCCCCGAUGUCACUUCAGCAGCUUUCUGUGAGCGUCGGGGACAGGCGCAAAGAACAUGGCGCAGAGAGAGGGGAGCAACCAGCCAGAUACUGCCAAAGGCAGAUGCCGGCCAGAGACCUCUAUGGAGCAGUGGAAGCUCCUUGCUGGCCUCAGAAGCCCAGGGUUCAAAAUCUACCCUGCCUCUUGGUAGCCACUUUGUUUCGACCCCUAUGCAUUCCCGAGACUUCUGCAUUCCUUCUCUUUAAAGCAAGGAGUUAGCGCCCAAAUGGGCAGGUGGUGUAAGACGAGACUAGAUUUUAUGUUAUUUAAGGGACAUUAUUUAGGACAUUUGCCAUUGUGCUUCGACCACCAUCACAUGGGUCCUGCUCAUCCCUGGAUGAGCAGUGGGCGGAGUCAGAGCUCUGAAUAGGGUCUUUAAAACGGGGGACAUUGGGGGAUGGUGUUUCCAGCGGGAGACUCCUCCAGGCGGAACCUCGCUGCUCUAGCUGGGCUCGACAUCCAAUGGCCCUUAGGUCCUUCCUGCCUCUGGCCUUAGCAGAAGUGUAUUUGGGAACCGUUAAAGGCCUGCAGUGCAAUGCAUCCGUGGACCUCAUUGGCACCUGCUGGCCCCGGAGCCCUGCGGGCCAGUUGGUGGUCCGACCCUGCCCUGCCUUUUUCUACGGUGUCCGCUACAACACGACAAACAAUGGCUACCGGGAGUGCCUGGCCAACGGCAGCUGGGCAGCCCGUGUGAAUUAUUCUGAGUGCCAGGAGAUUCUCAACGAAGAGAAGAAGAGCAAAGUACACUACCAUGUUGCAGUCAUCAUCAACUACCUGGGUCACUGCAUCUCCCUGGUAGCCCUCCUGGUGGCCUUUGUCCUCUUCUUGCGGCUCAGGAGCAUCCGGUGCCUGAGAAACAUCAUCCACUGGAACCUCAUCUCGGCUUUCAUCCUACGCAACGCCACGUGGUUUGUGGUCCAGCUCACCGUGAGCCCCGAGGUGCACCAGAGCAAUGUGGCCUGGUGUAGGUUGGUGACAGCCGCCUACAAUUACUUCCAUGUAACCAACUUCUUCUGGAUGUUCGGUGAGGGCUGCUACCUGCACACAGCCAUUGUGCUCACGUACUCCACCGACCGUCUGCGCAAGUGGAUGUUCGUCUGCAUUGGCUGGGGUGUACCUUUCCCCAUCAUUGUGGCUUGGGCCAUUGGGAAGCUGCACUACGACAAUGAAAAGUGCUGGUUUGGCAAACGUCCUGGGGUAUACACUGACUACAUCUACCAGGGCCCCAUGAUCCUGGUCCUGCUGAUCAACUUUAUCUUUCUCUUCAACAUUGUCCGCAUCCUCAUGACCAAACUCCGGGCAUCCACUACAUCUGAGACCAUUCAGUACAGGAAGGCUGUGAAGGCCACUCUGGUGCUCCUGCCCCUUCUGGGCAUCACCUACAUGUUGUUCUUCGUCAACCCUGGAGAGGACGAGGUCUCCAGGGUCGUCUUCAUCUACUUCAACUCUUUUCUGGAGUCCUUUCAGGGCUUCUUUGUGUCUGUGUUCUACUGUUUUCUGAACAGUGAGGUCCGCUCCGCUAUCCGGAAGAGGUGGCGUCGGUGGCAGGACAAGCACUCCAUCAGAGCCCGAGUGGCCCGAGCUAUGUCCAUCCCCACCUCCCCGACCAGAGUCAGCUUUCACAGCAUCAAGCAGUCCACAGCAGUGUGAGCUCCAGGCCACAGAGCAGCCCCCAAGACCUGAGGCCGGGGAGAUGAUGCAAGCUCACUGACGAGCCAGUCUGCAGACGCAAGCAGCCUUCCCAUUCCUACCCCUGCGGCUGCAGACCUGAGAGCCUACCCAGCCAUGGAGAAUAAUGGCUCUCAGCACUGGGUUGGGCCCACAGCAUCUGGCUCCCUGCUGCCCAUGCUCCCUGGAAAGUUGAAAUGGGCAUGGGGGCUAGAAACCUUGCAGCAGUUUAAUGGGCCCUGUGAGAGCUGUCUUCUCCCAGAGCAGCUCAGGGAAGAUCUGUAGUCUUCAACAGCUGUUGGGAGGCCCCUUGUUACCCCGGGGCAUCAUGGGAAACUCUCUUGUGAGAUUGUAAAGCCUCUGGGUGUUCAAGAUGCCUUGGGAUGCUACCGAGAAGCAGGGUCACAUGGUCCAGUCAGGAGAUAACUUUAGAAAUCUGGAAGCAUUAUCAGACCGCACUCCACCUCCCUUAGCCACUCCUGAGCCACCAGAAUGUCAUCAGCACCGCGGCACUGCCACCAGAAAGCCCUGCCUUGCUGCCUUGCUACCUUGCACCAUUAGACUCUUACUAUUCUGCAGGCCAAUCCAGCUUUCUGUCACUUAUCCACUGACAGCAACGGUCCCCUCACCCCCAAGUCCUCCAACCUCUGGAUAUCUUCUAACCUGUGGGAAGAUCGGGGUCGGGAAAGGGACUUGAGUUAUCUGUGAGGGAGAACCAGAAUUGGCCCAGCCUAUGAGGAAGGAGUGGCCCCUGGGUACCCAGGCCACUGACUUUCAGUGGCUGGCCUCUUGAACAUGGUCACAAGCUGGGUAAAGGGAGAAAGGGCCUCUGUACUCGAGCGCCCUGAACUGUGACAGGUGGCUCCUGGGACAACUAACGGACAAAGCCCUGGCUCCCAGGGUUGGAAUGGUCCAGUCCUCACUGGGUGGGAGGGCUGAGGAGCCGCAGCGGGACUGAGGUGGGGGGGACGAUAUAAAUAAUAUUUAUCUUUUCAACUA